AUGGAAUUCCCAGAGCAUAGCUUAGCUCUCCCGUAUAUUGUUCUCAUUCUAUCAAGAGCAUAUUCCAAUACCAAUUUAUACUUUUUAUUGUUUCGAUGCCAAGCCAGCGAAUCCGUGGUUCACGUGACAUUGCAUUUCGCCAGUUCUUGUCAACGACAACUUCAUCCCCCUCAAAUUCCGGCUCUUGAACAGCGAACACCACGCAUCCCACCGUCCGAAUUCCACCCCAACAACCACAAUGGCUGUAACAGUAAGUUUACCCAUCUCCAAAUAUACUCCAUUCCUCGAAUCCACCUAGAUAAUUCCGUCUCUCCCCAUCCCCACUCAACCGGGACCGCAACCGAUGGAACUGACGCUGUGUGUCCAAUCGUGGACAAACCACGCAACCAACAGCGGAGCGCAGCUCUCAAGCUUGACUGGACGAAAGUGUCCACUUCCCUCGGCCUCCGGGGCCAGACCGCCGCCUCCCUCGCUGCCUUCAAGAAGCGCAACGAUGACGCCCGCCGCAAGGUGCAAGUGCUUUCCGAGCAACCGCAGUCUAUCGACUUCGAACACUACCGCAGCGUGCUGAAGAACCAGGCCGUCGUCGACGAGAUCGAGCAGCACUUCAAGUCGUUCAAGCCCGCCACUUUCGAUGUGAAUAGACAGCUCAAGGCGAUCGAGGCCUUCGAGGCACAAGCUAUCAAGGGCGCGGAGGAGACGAAGGGCAAAGUUGAGCUUGAGUUGCAGAGUCUUGAGAAGACGCUGGCGAAUAUUGAGACGGCAAGGCCGUUUGAGGAUCUUACGGUCGACGAGGUUAGCGAGGCUCGACCGGAUAUCCUCGAGAAAACUUCCCAAUUGGUUUCCAAGGGCAAAUGGAUGCCGCCCGGCUACAAGGAACGAUUCGGCGACCUCUCCUUCCUGUAAACCACAGAACCCACCCCCCUUCUCAUUUCGUCUACUUUUUUCUCCGUUUUCCCUUUGUCACCCCUGAAACAUUUGUUCUAUAUCUGUAAGAUGUCAAAUAUAAUCAAAGCUGGCACAAAAUGGGAGUGUGUAUCUGGGAUCGGUUGCGUGACUCAAUUGGGGACUAUGUUUAUCAAAACCUAGGACCCACGCGAGAUGUAUAGAUUUUAUGCUUCGAAUUAGAAAUGCUUUCUAUUUUUAUUCCAAUGCAACUUCACCGUUCAAUACUGAAAGAGCGUUUGUCUAG